AUGUCAACCAUGACUCACCUCAAGCACGUGCACAUCGACACAGCAUCAGGAUUCACCUCUGAUGGGAUUAAGUGCCUUUUCUCCCUGCCACAACUGGAGCGCCUGGAGUUGAAGGGUAGUGUUGUCACUGAUAGCACCCUGGAGGGCAUUGGGGCGGCUAGCAGCACCCUGAAGCUUCUGUAUCUUAACCGCACCAAGGUGACUGAUGCGGGCCUGCCCCACUUGACCAGCCUUCCGUCCCUCAAGACCCUGAUUCUUUACGAGUGCGAGGGCGUGACCUCUGCCGGCAUGGUGCAUGUGGGGAAGCUGACGAGCCUGGAGGAGCUGUAUCUCAAUCGCAGCAGGGUGAGGGAUGAAGGGCUGCAGUAUCUGGCUCCACUCACCAACCUCACAAUGCUCCUCCUUCCAGAAAAAAUCACAGAUGCUGGUAUGGAGCAUGUUCAACACCUAUCUGGGCUGCAAUGGCUUGAGUUUUUCGAUUCCUUUGUGUCAGGGAAGGGUGUGCAGCUGCUGAAGGGAUUGCUUCACUUGAAGCAGGUGAGGUUGGAGAGUGGGAGCAUGCUUUUCAGUAUGCGGGGUGACAACGAGGAUGCUGAGAGUCCCUCAGAGCACCAAGCGGGGACCGACGGGGUGGUGCUGGCGAUGAUGAUGAGGCUGAGGGCGCUGGAAGGGCAGCUGGAGGAGACACGGAGGGGACUGGAGGAGGCAGAGAGGCGAAGGGCAGAGGAGACGUUAUUAACGAAAGGGGAAAUGCUAACAGUAAAAGGGGAGUUGGUUACAGUAAGAGGGGAGCUGGUGGCGACAAGGGGAGAGCUGGUGACUGGAGUGUUGGCGACAGUUAAAGGGGAGUUAGAAGCAAUUAAGGGGGAAAUACUGACAGUAAAAGGGGAGCUGGCAACCAAGACACUGGCGACAACAGGGGGGGAGCUGGUGACAGUGAAAGGGGAGUUGGAAACAUCAAAUGUGGAAUUAGUGACAGUAAAGGGGGAGCUGGCAACAAGGGAAGAGCUGGUGACAGAGGAAGGGGAGUCGGAAGCAACAAAGGUACAGCUGGCAACACUGAACGGGGAGUUGGAAACAGUGAAAGGAGGGUUGAAGGAAGCAACAAGGGAGCUGGCUGAACAGAAGGAGUGCCUGCAGAAAGUGGAGACGGAAAAGCUGGCUUUGGAGGAGAAGGUGAAGGAGCUGAAGGAGAAAGCAGUGAAAUGGGAUGAGGCAGCAGCGCUGAUCUGUCCGGCACCGAAGAAUGUGGAGUUUGACGUAGAAGAGGAGCUCAAGAAGAGCGAAGGAAGUCGCAAACUGUUCUGGCAGAGGGUCCAUACAGCAACAACUAAGGCGACUCUGGAUCUGAAAGUCCUCUCUGACCUCUCAGACGCCUUCCUCACCCACGUGGCCACCAUGACUCACCUCAAGCACGUGCACAUUGACUUAUCAGCAGGCUUAACGUCUGAAGGCAUCAAAUGCCUCUACUCUCUACCGCAGCUGGAAAGCCUCGAGCUGAAGGGUAGUGUAGUCACUAACAGCACCCUUGCUGGCAUUGGGAGGGUACGGGCCCUGAAGUUUCUCUACCUCAACCGCACAGACGUAUCUGAUUCUGGCCUGCUGCACUUGACGUGUCUUCCUUACCUCGAAACCUUGAUACUUUACUUCUGCGACGGGGUGACGUGUGCCGGCAUGGUGCACGUGGGGAGGAUGUCAAGUCUUGAGGAGCUGUAUCUACUAGGAACUGGAGUGAAGGACGAGGGAUUGCGGUUUCUAACACCUUUGAAACGGCUCAGGAUGCUUAUCCUCCCCAACACAAUCACUGACGCUGGUGUGGAGUACAUACAGCACCUAACCGCACUGGAGUGUUUGGAUUUCUCCCGUUCGGAAGCAACUAAUAAGAGUGUGGGUUUUCUUCAGAAGCUAACACGUUUGACGCAGAUUAAAGCAGAUAGCGACAGGUUUCAGAGACUGCUAAAGGCCUAUCUUCCAGGAGUGAAAGUGGGCAGUGAGCUUCCGCCCAGCGUUAUUCUCGGUGACUAA